AUGGUGAUCCCAUCCUGGGAAAACCAAACAACGGUAGUGGAAUUUGUGCUUAAGGGAUUCUCAUCUAUCCGACAGCUUAAUAUUUUCCUCUUUAUAAUAUUUUUAGUUUUCUAUAUCUUAAUUGUUUCUGGAAACAUCCUUAUUAUUUUGCUAGUUUUAUUCAGCCAUCACCUCCACACCCCCAUGUACUUUUUCCUGGUGAAUUUAUCCUUUCUGGAGAUCUGGUAUACCUCCAACAUUGUCCCCAAGAUGUUGCUGAUUAUCCUAGUCGAACAGAAGACUAUUUCUGUGGCUGGCUGCCUGGCACAGUUCUACUUCUUUGGAUCCCUGGCUGCAACAGAGUGUCUCUUACUUGCUGUGAUGUCCUUUGACCGCUACCUUGCCAUCUGCCAACCUCUCCACUACCCUAUUCUCAUGACAGGCUCCUUUUGCAUUAGACUGGCUGCUAGCUCUUGGCUCUGCUGCUUCCUCCUGACAGCAAUAACCAUGGUUUUACUGUCUAGAGUAACCUUCUGUGGGCCCAACCAAAUUGAUCACUUCUUUUGUGAUUUCACCCCUCUGGUCCAUCUCUCCUGCAUCGACACCUCCCUGACUGAGACCAUAGCCUUUGCCACCUCUUCUGCAGUGACUCUGAUCCCAUUUCUUCUCAUCGCAGCCUCCUACUCCUGCAUUCUUGCUACCGUCCUAAGAAUUCCAUCUGGCACAGGACGGCAAAAGGCUUUCUCCACCUGUUCUUCCCACCUCACUGUGGUCACCAUCUUUUAUGGGACACUGAUUGCUACAUACCUUGUGCCUUCAGCCAACUCUUCCCAGCUCUUGCGCAAAGGGUUCUCUCUACUUUACACUAUCCUGACACCCAUGUUCAAUCCCAUCAUCUACAGCCUGAGAAACAGAGACAUCCAUGAAGCCCUGAAGAAGUGCCUAAGUAAGAAGCCAGGUUUCCUCAGAUGA